AUGCAGAAUAAAAGAAUCUUAUCAGAAAAUAGCGCCUCAGGUAGUAUUGGAAGUUCAACUGGUAGAAGUUUGAAUCACAGUCAGCAUCUGUCUACUGUCAAUCCAUGGGCGGAAGAGGAUGCUGUUGGAAUUGACCUCACUGAUAUCACCUAUGAUGCAAGUAGAGAAACUGAGGGUCCAAGUAGUCAUAAUGAGAAUGGAGUUGCUGAGGCCAUCCCUGAUGCAACUAGCAAUGAACAAUUUACAAUUGCAGAAAAUUAUGAAGAGUUCCUGGAUCGACAGAUAAUUUUACUCAAAACAAAAGUGGCCAAUACAGAUACUGAAAAUACCAGCAGUUCACCUAGUGGAUGGCAAAGAAAGAAAAUUGAAAGAAAACAAAAGCCAUUCGUAUUGAAGUUUUAUUAUUUUGAAACAAGAAUGUUGUCUAUUUCAGGACUGAAAAACUGGAAUGAACCACUAAGGAUCGAAAAAUUGAAAAUAUGGGAAAGUAAUGGCAAAGCUGUGGCAUUUGCACCACAUUUGAGCAGGAAAAUCAAAUACGGAAAUGAUCCAUUAUUUCAAAUAAUAUGCCAAGACUCUAACAAUGAUAACUUUGCUAAGUUAAUCACCAUACUGUUUGCUUUUGUGCACACUAUAAACCGACACAUAGAAUCACUUGAGGAUAGAUUAUUUAAUUUAAGGAAUGCAAAUAGCGGGAAGUGGCUAAUAUUCCUAAGAACAUUUCAAAAUUUUAUUAUAUUGCAAAAUAAUAUAAGCAACUUAAACAAAGUAAUAGAGGAGAAUUUUUUGAUUUGGGCGAAAAUCUUGCAACUGGAAAAUUUUAAAAUUGAAAGACAUCAUUUAAAUUCUAGCUGGUAUACACAAAUUAACAACAGAUUGGAAUACCAGAAAAGGAGAGUAGAUACGUUGAAUAAAAAUCUCGAAACUUUGCGGAAGAAAUUCAAAAGCAAUUCCUUAUAUAUACCAUUUUUCGGAAUCAAACACUAUCCAUCAAGUGUUGGAUUACUAACAACAUUCAUAACAAUGUUGUCAGUUUAUUCGUAA